UGCACCCCUCACUCUUUCAUUCCUACCAUCUUCCAUUUUGUCAACUUAGAGAAAAGAAAAAAAAAAAAAUUUUACUUAGCCAAUCAUGGGGAUUUGCACAGAUAGGCUAUCUGCUUUGCCAGACGAGUUGUUGUGUGACAUCAAAUCCCGCUUGCCAUUCAAAGAAGCUGUCUCAACCGCCUUACUCUCGAAAAGGUGGCGGUUCCUCCCGCUUGACUUGUUGAAUUUAGUGUUCAACGAGACCGAUUUCGCGCCGGCCUCCGGGCCAAGCGCCUCUUCGAAGAAACAAAGGCGAGCUUUUCUCAAGUUCGUGUUGUGUUGGAUCAAAAGAAGUUCCAAGGACGACGAGGAGGAGGCAAAGAACAAGCACAAUUCCUCGAGUAAAGAACGCAAGCUCUCGCUAACGUUCCCCCGUCCCGAGGAACACUUCACAUUGGUGAAGUGCGUCCUGGAACGGGUCAUCAACAAGAAGCUGGAUGUGGUAGACAUCGAUUUCUCCAACCCGAGUUGGGACGAGGACGACUUCGAGAAUUGUCGUCCCGACACACUGAUGCACAUCCCGCGCAUCCGCGGUGCACCUUUCAAGGACGUCCAGUACUUGAAACUGUCCUCGUGCGACGUUCCAGUCAUUUCAAUGCAUUCCGACAGCGGAUUCCUCCGCCUGAAAUCCGUCACCCUGGAGUGGCUCACUCUCGAGAUGGGUUCCGAAAUACUAACCGACUUUCUAGGGAUGUGCCCGGUUUUGGAGAGCCUGUUCCUGAGGAGGUGCACCUUAGAGGAGUACGUUAAGAUUGAGAGUGAAAGCUUGAAGAGUUUGAUUAUGGAGAAAUGUUGUUCGGAUGACAAUGAGACUUCGCCGGUUGUGGACAUUGACACUCCGGAAUUGAAUGUUUUGAAGUACCAUUCAGGAGUUCUGGUGAUUUUCUCUUUCAAAAGUAGCAGGAUCAAUCCGGAUUUGGAGGCAAGUCUGGAUUUUGGACUUCAGAAGCAAUAUGAUUUUGCGCAAGUCUAUGCUCACAAGCUUUGGUUGGGCCUCAAUGAAUUGAAUGUUGUUAAGACUUUGACAGUCUGCACUUACGUCCUCCAGGCAAUUUCUCAUGGAGAAGAGGAGCCAAUGGAGUUAAAUUUGACGUACCCUCUCAAACUCAAUCACCUGAUUUUGAAGGCAUCUCUUAUUGAGGAGGAACUUUAUGGAAUUACUUUCUUCCUGCAAAACUGCCCAGAUCUGGAGGUUCUUACCAUUGAUCUAAAUUCCAUCACUCCCAAUGUUGUUUUUCCAGUAAGUUAUUAUCACCCUUUCCUCUCCCUUUUUUUUUUUUUUUCUUUCCUUGGAUAUAAUUAACUAUCAUAUCAUACCCAUUAUUAUUACUUCGUAUCCUCUAUGUUUUUAUUCAUUUUCUUUUCAAUAUUGUCAGGAUUAUGAACCUCCAUUUGAGUAUGAGGAUCACCCGUUUGUCAUAAAGAACCCUACAAAAUUUGACACGAUGGAGUAUUCAUGUGUGACGAACAAAUUGAAACGAGUUGUGGUUGAAGGGUUCAAAGGCGAAGGAAAUGAACUUCAUGCCCUCAACUACUUCCUGAAAUAUGGUAAGGUUUUGGAGGCGGUGCAAAUAAACAUCUCCACCGAAAGUGGUGAAGAUGGUACGAGCCUGGAGGAAAUUUACAUGAGAAAUGCUGAGAGCUUGUUCAACUCUGAAAAGGGCUGCCCCUAUGUUCAGAUUUUGAUCUCAUCAUCAUCUUCCCCUGUUGCUGCCUAGAUGUUUACUUUAUUUGUUUUUGGAGGAUCAAAGUUUGAUCUGGUUUAUUAGGGUCUCGAAUUCAUGAAGACUGCUUGGAUUAUUUUAAAUUUAUUUUAUUUUAUUUUGAGUAUUUUACCUUUUGUUUGAUUUGUACUAGAAUAAAUUCGAAGUUAUGUAACUAUACUACAAAACUGUAGUAUUCUCGAAGUUGGAAU